UCCUUAAAAAAAAUUAGACUUUUAUGUUUUUUUCAUUAUUAAUUCUUACCUAAAAACCACCAACGUAAACUAAUUGCACAAGCUACGUAAAAAAAAAAAACUAAAUAAAAAAAAACAUUGAGGGCGUCAAACUAAAGACAAAAUAUUGUGUAAAGGACAAAUCUUGUAAAGGACAAAUUUUGUAAAGGACAAAUUUUGUAAAGGACAAAUUUCAGAAUCAACGUACAAAAGUUUUUAUGAACUGACCAUAAAUGAACAUAGAGGGCGCGCACAAUGGCUGAUCACGUUGUUGUCGGAAAUAUUAGAGCUAGGGUUGUAAGACUUCAGAUGGCUAUCCAGACUGGCGAAUAUUGUUUGGAUAAUAUUCGUUACAGAUUGGAUAGCCUCUGUAGAGAUGUACUUCAAUAUCGUGACUCUGUUCCCAAUUAUGAGACUGUUGCCGCAAAUUUGGUGGUUGCCAACCAACAUGCCAACGAAGUCGUGACAGAUAAUACUCAUGGUCUUACUCAGACUAGACAGAACAACACACCAGAGACAUGCUCAACUGGCGGUCGUCCAAAAUUCAUAAUCACAGAGGAGCAACUGAGGUUUUUUAUAGGAGACAUGAACUGCACUGUGAAAGACACUGCUAAAUGUUUUUGUGUCAGUGAGAGGACGAUAAAGCGGCGCCUUCAAGAUUAUAGUAUUUCAAUAAGAAGACUCUACAGUGAGAUUGACGAUAAUGAACUGGAUGAGCGAGUCCAUUUUGUUUUGAGUCAUACGCCAAAAGCAGGAUACAAGACAGUGGAUGGCCAUCUUAUUGCACAAGGUGUCAGAGUGCAGAGGCAGAGACUACGGGAUAGUCUGUAUCGGCAAGAUCCACAACGGCAGGAACUGAGAUGCAUAAGUGCAGUUCGCAGAAGGCAUUAUUCUGUGCCGUCACCACUGUCGCUGUGGCAUAUAGAUGGCCACCAUAAGCUGAUAAGAUGGCGCUUCGUCACACAUGGUGGUAUUGAUGGUUUUAGCCGUGUCAUAGUGUACCUCAAGUGCAACACAAACAAUAAAGCAGAAACUGUUUGCCAUCUCUUCGAGGAAGCAGUAACUAGGUGGGGUCUACCUUCAAGGGUGCGUUCAGACCAUGGAGGCGAAAACACACAAGCUGCUAUGUUCAUGCUUCAGCACCCAUUAAGGGGGCCUGGCAGGGGGUCUUUUAUCACCGGUAGGAGUGUCCACAACACACGUAUUGAGCGUUUGUGGCGAGACUUGCAUGAACAGGUUACCAGUAGCUUUUACAAGUUGUUCAAGAGUAUGGAAAGCAGUGCAAUCUUGGAUCCGGACAAUGAGCUUCACAUAUUCUGCCUUCAUGCCGUGUUUUUGCCUCGUCUGAACCACUGCAUGAACUUUUUUGUUGACAUGUGGAACAAUCACAAAAUGAGAACAGCCAGGAACAGGACACCAUUACAACUGUUUGUCACAGGGCUCCACAGCAACAGAGGAUCAACACUCAGUAAUGAAUAUUUUGACAGCUUGAAUGAGGAGGAAGUUGCAGAUUAUGGUAUUGAUCCACAUGGUCAUAUUCCCACCUUAGUAGAGAAUAAUGCAGCAGUCAUGAUUCCUCAAACAGUACCCCCUCAACUGCUUGCUGACCAGGUCAACUAUUUCUACCAGGAGGUAAUGUUUUGUGCAGGUGUUGAUGUAUAUGAUUGCACAUCUUAUUUGAGAGGAUUAGAGAUCCUGAAUGGCUUCAUGGAGGAGUAAUAUAAUUUCAGGAAAACACACUUGUUGUAUUUUCAGAUAAGUUUGAAACAUUAAAGUCACCUGGA